AUGGUCAAGUUAACUCAAAUCGACGACGAAACUCAAGCUCAGUUCGAACAACAACAAGCCGAAAAGCCAGCCACUUCAUCCAUUGUUGAAUCCGACGAAGAAGAAGAAGAUUCCGAAUCUGAUUCUGAUGAUGAAUUUGAUUAUGAAAAUGAAACAGUAUUAGAUAGAAUCGUGGCAUUAAAAGAUAUAAUUGCUCCUGAACAAAGAGAAACCAUUUCUAAUUUAGGUUCUAGUAUAACAAAUUUAGUUACUAGUGGAUUAAAUAAAACUGGAUCAUUUUUAUGGGUUUUAACUACUUCUUCCUUGUUGUUGGGUGUUCCUUUAGCAUUGGCAAUUUUGGCCGAGACUCAAUUACAAGAAAUGGAAAAGGAUAUGUCUCUACAACAAUCUGCUCAAGAUGUUUUAGCUCCAGGUUCUGAUGCUGCAUUUGAAAAGAAGUAG